AUGGAGACGUUUGCCAUGUUCGCGGCUGUAAUGGGGAAAUUCGUACCAACCGCCUCAACAUCCUCCGCACCACCACUAGAGACCGUUCAAGAAACCACCGCUGAGCCGGAGGCCGUCGCAGAACCCACUACCGCCGUUUCAGAACCAACCGCUGCAGAAACUCGCGAAGACGAAGCAGAUCUGGCCGCGGGGUUGGAGUUGUUGGCCGUGAGUGCACCCAGGUUAGGAUCUGCCACUGAGGGGGAAACCCCUGUUUUAGAGGAUAGAGUGGUUGGUGUUUCUGAGGAGGAAACCCCUGUUACUGAUAGCCGUGUUGAGAGGGAAACCCUUGUUUUGGAGGAGUUUGUUGAGGGGGAAACCCCUGUUGAUGGAGAUAAAAUUCCAGAGGGCAACGAAGCCCUAGAUGCUGAAAGAAAUGUGGAGGGGGAAACCCCAGAAACGGAGGAAGAAAUGCUGGGUCCAGAGGCCACAGCACCUGAACCGGCAGAAUCAUCCAGACCGAGCAGAGGGGAGAGUGAUGCAGUGGAACGCCGCCACGCGGCCGAGAAGAAAAGGAAGGGGAAACAAAUUGCUUCUUCCAAGACCAACAAGGCGAAAGGGAAAUCCACUGAAUCCCCACUUCCUCGACCUGCCAAGGUAUCAUACGCUGCAGAGCCCGAGGAUUCUGCUGGGUCUAGUGAGUCUGAAGAAGAACAAGAAGAGCAUCUCAACUUUGAGCCAACUGAGAUCUGGAUUACAAGCAAGCUCCUGGACGAGAUGAGAAAGUUUGACGACCCGAAACGCGCAACCAUCCACAAGGAGAAGAGUGCCCAGGGCAACACCGCCGAAGUUCCAAUCGACCUGGCAAGGGAAUUCUUCUCCACCUUCCGAUUUAAGUCCACCACCGAUCUGGAUGCUGACUCCAUCAAAUUUCGGCUCUUCAAUGAAGAGCAUGGAAGGGACGUGUGCUUUUAUGAGGUUGGUCAGUCGGAGGCGCAGACGAAGCAGGAGCCUGAGAUGGUGGAGGCGAAGGAUACUGCUGACAAGGAAGCCGGAGCCAGGAUAGAAGUAGAAGAAGUAAGGAAAGAGGUUGGAUAG